AUGUCGCCGCUUCCUGCUGGCCGCCCUUCUAGUGUGUCGCUUUAUCCUGCGGCCUGCCUCCUAGUUCUUCAGCUUUUUAGUAGGCCGUGUUUACGCUUUGCCUUUCCCGAGAGCAUCAGGGUGUUUGGACUCUGUGAGGCGAAAUCCUCAAAUCUUCAGGAUAACGUCUUGAUUGAAGUGAAUAUCGAAUUUGAAGCACAUUCGAUAUCAGACAAUGAUUACAAUGGGAUAAAGAAAUUACUUCAACAGUUGUUUUUAAAAGCUCCUGUUAACACUGCUGAGUUAACUGAUACGUUAAUACAACAGAAUCAUAUUGGCAGCACUAUCAAGCAAGCAGAAGUGCAAGAAGACAGUGAUGAUGAUAACGAUGAUGAUGAUGGAGAUGAAGUCUUUGGUUUUAUAAGCCUCUUAAACUUAACUGAAAGGAAGGGUAUGCAAUGCACUGAACAAAUCAAAGAGCUGAUUCUAAGUCGGUGUGAGAAGAACUGUGAACAGCACGUAGUUGAACAACUGGAUAAGAUCCUAAAUGACAAUACUAAGCCCGUGGGUCUCCUCCUAAGUGAAAGAUUCAUUAACGUACCACCACAGAUUGCUUUGCCCAUGCACCAGCAGCUUCAGAAAGAGCUGACUGAUGCACAGAGAGCAAACAAACCUUGCGGAAAGUGCCACUACUAUCUUCUUAUCAGCAAGACCUUUACAGAAGCCACAAAGGGCAAUUCUAAGAGAAGAGAAGGGAGAAAUCAGCAAAAGGAGGAAUUAAUGUUUGCAAAUGCAGAGGAAGAAUUCUUUUAUGAGAGAGCUCUUCUGAAGUUCAACUAUUCUGUGCAAGAGGAGAGUGACACCUGUUUGGGCGGCAGAUGGUCCUUUGAUGAUGUACCAAUGAAACCUUUGCGGACUGUUAUGAUCAUUCCAGCUGAUGGAAUUAAUGCAAUUAUGGAUAAACUCAGAGACUAUCUCUCACUCUAGACUUUCCUGUGAACACUGUUUCUUAUAAAGCAGCCAUGCAGAACUAUGACUUCCCAGUAGUUUCCGAAGACUACUAUUGAGUUUGCGAUUUUGUACUGCUCAGAUGUUUCCUCUGUACGCUUAGAAGAAAAGUAGGUAGUACAACUAUCGUUACCAAUCGAAGUAAUAUUUUAAAAUAUUAUGUCAGUAAACAUUCAAUAAGAAUCCAGUGUUACAAGGGAACCUCAAGAACUGCUCAAUGUUUUUUAACAAAAUCUACAUUGUAUGUUGUCAUGUUAGCAAACAAUUCACAUAACUCUUCUUUUUAAGAAAAGUAUUUUUUCUAUGUGAAUUUCUUCUCCUGUUAAAUGCAGUUAUGCCAAAAGUUGCAAAUAAUUACAUGAGUUAAAAUUAGGAUGUAUAUUGCAUAUACGGUUUCUAUUUGUGUUCAUCCGAUAUAUGAUACUUG